AUGCUGCGUUUGGAGAUUCGACUCGUCGUGUUCCUGGCCGCUCUGGCCCUCCUGUUCCUUCUUGCGGUCGAAUGGAGCGUAGACGGCCGUCGGUACGGACCUGCUCUAAGCGACGGAGAUUCUCCGAGGCGGCGCUCUGCUACCUACAGAUCCGCGGGGAUCGUAUCGACCAAGACACCGAACAAGAAGCGACAAAAGAACUACAGUUUUGAUCCGCUCCCGAGCAACGUCGUCGAGAGUGUGGACGGUUUUUUGUUUUUUGUCGGCUACGCCCGCAGCGGGCACAGCAUCGUGGCCAGUUUUCUGGACGCACAUCCGAACGUCGUCAUCGCUCACGAGUAUGCACUGUUCAACCGGUGGGCAGAGACUCCAGAUCUGUUCAACAACCGACGGGAAUUCCUGUUCAAUACACUCUUCAACAGCUCCCACUUCUCUGCUCAAGCUGGCCUCAGGCAGGGGAAGGGCGGGAUCAAGAAAAAAGGAUACAGUCUAGAGGUGCCAAGUUGGUACCAAGGUACUUAUGAGGGGGGCAUUACAAUGAUAGGGGACAAGGCCGGUGGAAUGACAGCACAGGUAUACAGACGGAACAAGGAUAAGUUUGUUUCUGUGUAUCGACAACUUUGCUCCACCGCUGGGGUCCCUGUGUACGCGAUACACGUUGUGAGAAAUCCCUACGACAACAUUGCUACGAUGCUCCUCUACAACGAUCACGUGAAACAGACGACAAACGUAACACACAAGUACCGGAACAUUGAUGCCCUGCGGAAACAGAUCAAGGCCUACUUUGUACAGGUGGAAAGUGUACUGGACAUGAUGAAGCAGGCCGGCCUGAACGACAUAACGAUUCAUCACUCGAGCUUUGUCAAAAACCCAAAAGGAACGAUGCAACGUGUUUGCAACUCACUCUCCGUGACUUGCUCAGAGAGCUACCUGCAAAUGGUCGCCGAACAUACCUUUUCAAACGAGUCACAGAGCAGGCACUUGGUUGAGUGGACACCAGAGCUGGUAAAAACUGUUGAAGCAAACAUUGCGAAACACCCAAUUCUCAAACACUAUAAGUUCAAAUGA